AUGCGUAUCCAUUUUCGACAUCUCAUGUUAUAUGAAUUUCGGAAAGAAAGUUCGGUAACAAUUGCCACGAAGAACAUAUGUGCUGUUCACGGAGAAAAUGCGCUUUCAUCUCGCACCUGUAGGAAGUGGUUCCAACGUUUUAGAGCUGGGAAUUUCUGUUUAGAAGAGGAGGUACGCUCCGGGCGUCCUCCUCAGACAGACGGAGAUAAAAUUCGGGAUCUUGUUGAAAAAUCACCAAGUUUGACAGUUCAAGAGAUGUCAAAUGUCCUGAAAAUACCUAAGACAACGAUUCAUAGGUGUUUAAAAAAAAUGGGGAUGGUGUCAAAGUUGAACGUUUGGGUGCCCCAUGAACUUACGGAACGGAAGCGUUACAAAAAAAUUGUCUGAAUUUAAUUGGAAAAUUUUACCACAUCCCCCAUAUUCCCUAGACAUUGCCUCAUCUGAUUGCCACCUGUUCAGAGCAUUACAACACUUUUUAGUAGCUAAAAAAUUUGAA